GCAUUCCUCUCCCUUCUUUUAUCUUGCGUUCUUCCCUUUCUUUUGAGUCCUAUAUUUGAACACUUAUCAAAAUGAACUUUUAACUUAUCAACUGAAGUACUUGAUGUGUUGUUCGUGUAACUUUAAUGAUAAUAUUCUUGUUCGCUGCCACCUUCAACUUGGAGAACCUAGAAAGGUCAACUGCAAAAAGUGAAUUGCUCAACAUCAUUUGAAAGACCCAAAAUCUAACCGUCUGAAGAUGGGUAUCGGCUCUAGUCGACCAUAUACAAUAAAUUCUAGGAUUGACGGAAAGACUGUCCUCAUAACAGGCUGUAACACUGGUAUUGGUAAAUUUACUGCGCAAGAACUGUACAGAAUAGGAGGUCGAAUAAUCAUGGCAUGCAGGGAUGUUGCAAAGGCAGAGCAGGCUGCUGAAGAUAUCCGUAAGGUUGUCAGCGAGGCUGACCCUGAAAAUAAAGUCGGAGAGCUCAUAAUAAAAAAACUUGAUCUUGGGUCAAAAGAAUCCAUCCGCAGCUGUGCAGAUGAUAUAAAACAAUCAGAAAAACAAAUCAACAUCUUAAUCAAUAAUGCUGGUGUGAUGAUACCACCGUACCAGAAGACGACAGAUGGUUUUGAAUUGCAGUUCGGAACCAAUCAUCUGGGACAUUUUUACCUAACAUACCUGCUACUACCAACCAUCCUUGCUUCCACUCCAGCGAGAAUAGUCAAUGUUUCCUCAGUUGCUCAUGAAAGAGGGCAUAUGAACUGGGAUGAUUUAAAUUCCGAGAAAAGCUAUCAUGCACGGACAGCAUACUCACAGAGCAAAUUGGCUAAUGUUUUAUUUUCUCGAGAAUUGGCUUCACGUUUGGAAGGCACUGGUGUCAAUGUUUACUCCCUACAUCCAGGAAUCAUCCUAACUGAGCUUGGUCGUCAUGUAGAUGAAAUAUACUUCAAAGGAUUCAGGAGAAUCCUUCGACCUAUGCUCAGCCCCUUCACAAAAUCUAUUGAAGCAGGAGCUGCGACCACUCUAUAUUGCGCUCUUGAUGAGUCUAUUGCCAAUGAGUCCGGCUGCUAUUACAGUGACUGUGCAAAGAAAGAAGCGGCACCUCAAGCACGCAAUGAUGAAGAUGCUAAGAAAUUGUGGGAAGUAUCUUUGAAACUUCUCGGCUUGGAAGACAUCAACAUUAAUGAAAAGCAAACAAGCUAAAUGAUGGAUUUCUGUAAAGCGAUAUCAUCACUUGGCCUCACUUAAUUAUAUGAUUGAAUUGAGCAAGAUGAGAUGGGCCCUUUUUAAACUGAAACUGAGGAAAAAAGGUUUCAAAUUCAUCCCUCCGUAAGGCGCAAUGUAAAAAGGAACUUUGUACUCUUAUUUAUACAAAUUGAAUAUUUUUUCAACCUUUAACUUCUGUCAAGAGAAAAUUAAUGAGUAGUCGAGAACAGAAGGGGUCAGUUCCUUCCUCAUAAAAUCAGCCUUUUUCAAAAAGAAAAGAUUUAAUUAAAUGAGUUACUCUUGCUUUUUUUUAAUGCCUUUUUUUCUCAUAUUUUUGUUUGAACGAUUAAAAGAAGAAGAAUGUAAAGUGCCUUUAGAGUAAAGUAAGUGGUCCAUUUAAGCAUUUUAUAGAAAGUAUGCAGGCCAUCAAUUUUAUGCGUAAUUAUUUCAAAAUGUAGCUAUUUGUAACAGGUAACUUGUACUCAGGACCUUUUAAUUGACUCUUUUCUCUCUUUGAUGUCCUAGUGCAUAGUGAUUAUAGAGUUGGUAUUCUAAAGCCUAAUAAUGAUUUUGCUUAUAGCAUUAUCUUUUCAAAGAAUCCAUUGUUAAUGAAUAUCUUCUCCUUUAGAACGAAAAUUAAUUAAUUUAGUGUCACAUUGUUCCUAGAAACUCUUUGUGUUUUGUUCAUCACCAAUUUUAUUUCUGAAUGUCGCAAUUAUCCACUAAUAAACGCUCAAAUAUUUGAAAAAUAAUUAGGAUACUAUAAUUAUUAGCAAUACGAACCAUCUGUGAUCCAUAAGAGCUGAAACAGAAGCUUUAGAUUUCAUAUAAAUAUUAUCUUUAAGUUGUCAUAUUAUACUCACGUUAUCUUAAUACUUGUGUAAUCGUGAUUUUAAUACUCAUGUUAUUCUAUUACAUAAAGUUUUUAUAUUAAA